AUGGAAGUAAACGGUGACCCUCCGCCGUUGUGGCCACAGCUGCCUACCUCCGCUUCUCGCCGACGGCCACCGUCUCCUAUUUUCAGCCUCCCGGUCCUAAUCAUUCUCUUACCCAUUCUCGCAUUGCUUCUCUUGUUCAUGGUAGUCCCUCCUUUCCUCUCCGUCACCGCUCAGAUUCUUAGACCCCUCGGCAUCAGAAAAAGCUGGGACUCGCUCAACGUUUUUCUGGUCUUGUUUGCUAUUAUUUGCGGCGUUUUGGCGCGAAGAAACGACGAGGAGGAGUCAAACAACGGCAACGGCAUUAGAAAUUAUAGUAUUAGUGAUAAUAGUAAGGAAAGCGGCCGUCAUGUUUAUGUUUCUCAACAAUGGUUUGAGCAUUCAGAAAGGAAGACAUACGAUGGUGGUGCUCCGAUUAACAUGAGACCGUCUCCGGCAAGCGAUGUUAGGAGGUUAAAGAGAAGCAGUAGCUCGUACCCAGAUCUGCGACAGGAUUCUUUAUGGGAGAAUAAUGAAGAUCGGAGUUGGAGGAGUGGAUUUGAAGAAUCAGAAGCCAAGGUUAUUCCUGUUGAUACCUUUGUGCUUCGUUCUUCUCUUUCAUCACCUCCGUCGAAGUCUCCACCACCUCCACCGCCGCCUCCACCUCCAGCUUCCCAUCAUAAACCGAAGCGAAGCUAUCAGGCAGUUGGGCAGAACAAUCAUAAGGUGAUGAAUCAGAACGAUCGUGUUGAUUUCAGUGAAAUUAAAUCUCCAUCAGUAACACCGCCACCGCCUCCCCCGCCACCUCCCCGACGACCACCAUCGCCGCUAGUUCAAGUGGGAAAUAGAUCAGAGCAGAAGUAUGGGAAACUGGAACGUAGAAGAAGUACUGCAACCAAAGAAAUAAAGAUGGUUUUUGCUUCGUUACGGAAGAGAAAGAGGAAACACAAGUCACAAGACCAUGAUCAUCAGCAAGAUUGUCCUUUGCAUUCUCCAACUGAGCCACAGCCUUAUUAUUCUACCAGCAUACAACCAACAUCGCUGGCACCUCCUCCACCGCCUCCGCCUCCACCACCACCGACUUUCCUUCAAAAAUACAAUCUUUUCAGAAAGGCCAGCAAAAGCAAAAAAAUCCAUUCUAUUCCUACGCCCCCGCCUCCACCGCCAACAGCAGCAUUUUCGUUUUCAAAACGAUCAUCUAAGCAAAACAUUCAGAUCCCACAAGCACCACCGCCCGCACCACCAUCACCUACUUUCUAUACAAAUAGAUUAUCCAAGCAAAACAGUCAGAUCCCGCCACCUGAACCUUCGAGGAAACGAACUACGGCUAACAACGGCAAACCCCCGUUGCCUACAAAAGCAAAUAAUAUUAGUUAUUAUGAUGAGAACGUGAACAGCGGCGGACAGUCACCGUUAAUUCCGACGCCUCCACCUCCACCACCAUUUAAGAUGCCAAAUUUCAAGUUGGUGAUUCGUGGGGAUUUUGUUAAGAUACGAAGCAGUCCUAGCUCGCGGUGUAGCUCUCCUGACUUGGAAGAAAUAAGCAAAGAUGAAACAGAAACAGCCAGCAUGACUGAGGGUGACGAUGGGGUUGGAGUUGCAGGCGUCCCGGUGUGUUGUCCCAGUCCCGAUGUUAACGCUAAAGCUGAGACCUUCAUUGCCAGACUCCGGGACGGAUGGAAAUUGGAGAAGAUAAACUCCAUUAAAGAGAAGCAAAGGAUGUAA